AUUACAAAUUGAUUUCAAACAAUUCAACUUUCGUUUUGAUUUCGUGCUAAAGCAUGAUUUAGGACGUUAUGGCCACUGUCACUUCAAACACCCAUUCUGAUAUGACGGUAUGUUCUAUUUGUUUGGAACGUUACAAAUCACCAAGGUAUUUACCGUGCACACACACUUUCUGUCAUCCGUGUCUACUGUCACACAUCAAGUCGUCGUGUGCGCACUGCAGUCUACCACUCGGAUUUCCAUGUCCACUGUGUAGAACGUUCGUCUCCGCGCCUGGUAAUGUUGGCCAGUUCACUUCAGAAGAAUGGGCUGACAGAUUUCCAGAAAACCGAUUUAUGAGUUCCGUUACAAAUAAAUGCGAGCCUUGUAACAUUGAUGGAGACGACAAACCUGCUAGUGGUUGGUGCAGAGACUGCUCCGAGGCUUUGUGCGAGGAGUGUCUUCAGUGGCACAAAAAAUUCAAACCUUCUAGAAAUCAUGAAAUAGUUCCUUUCACUGAAGGGGCUAUUCCUUCUACUUCUACCUCCUCACUGGACAUGUGCGAGGAUCACGAGGGGCGAAAAAUUGAAAUGUUUUGUGAAAGUCAUCUCGCACCAUGUUGUGUCCUCUGUGUUACAACAGAACACGGUAAAUGUAAAAGCAUUUGUUCGAUAGAGGAAGCGACCGAUAAAGUAAUAAAACCUGGGAAAGUAAAACGCUUGCGAGAUGAUGUCGAUCGACUUGAAGUCAUGUUAGAAAAGGUUAUUACUGAAGAGAGAGCCAACAUCCAAGAAAUCGAAGAUGUAGCCGACAAGUUAGGGGAAGAAAUUUCGGGAGCGAAAGCAGCCAUUAUUGAAACUGUAACAAAGCUGGAAGAACAACAUUUAAACGAAGUAGGAAAAGCAACCAAAGAUGCUAAAGCAAAGCUUCAAAAAUCAAUCAACAAUUUCGAACAGAGGCAAUGUUAUCUUCGCCAUUGGAAAGAAAUAUUCGGGAAAAAUUUAUUGACUGAUGGGUCACUAAAAACAAUUGUCGCAUUGUCUUAUACCAAAAUGGAACGAAUAUUUCAAACUUUGAGAGAAAUGGAAAUGUCUCAGCUCAGAUUUGGAAUUCAAGCCAAGAUACAAGAUGACGUUAAGAAAUUGAUGAAGUUACCUUUGCUUGCAGAAAUUACCACAAAUGAACACAAAAGCCCUGUAAUGCUAGAUGAAAUUGAUAUAGAAAAUGCUGAAAUCAACGUGAUUUCUGAAUUUACGAUUGAUGGUGCUAGUUUUACAGGAGGGGUUUAUCUCCAGAAUGGGGAAUUAGUACUGGCUGAUAAUAUAAACAAGAAACUCGUUCACUGUAGAACAGAUGGGGAGAUUCUGAGAAAGAUGCCUCUGCGAGGUUCUCCAUGGGAUAUUUGUGUCAACGAAGAAAAUGAUAUUUAUGUAACACUUCCAAAAAAAAAGAAAGUUUUAGUUAUUAGUAUUGAUACAUUCAACACAACAAAAACUGUUGAAGUUGAUAUUGAGUGCCGUGGAAUAGCACAGUCAGGCAACACUAUUGCAUUAGGUUCUAUAAAUGUUCUAGAAGUAUUAAGUGCGGAUUUUCGAAAAUGUAGGAGUUCAAGCGAUGUAAAAGGAUUGUACGAUGUAGCAGUAGAUAUGGAAGAAAAUAUCAUUUAUUCGAGUUACUCCAAACACAAAGUCUGGAAACAGGACAGAGAAGGAAAUGUCUUGUUCACGUACAGUGAUACAGAAUUACAACAUCCAUAUGGAUUAACAGUGGACAGGAUUGGGAAUAUAUAUUUGAAUGGUAACAGCAGCAACAAUAUACACAUACUCUCACAGACCGGUAAAAAGUUAAGAAUUCUGAAUGACGUGAGGGAGCCACAAUGUAUUAAAUUCCAGGAGAACACGCACAGAUUCUUUGUCGGUGAGGCAGGGGGACGGGUGAAAAUAUUUGAAUUUAUUGCAUGAAACUUUCACCGAGUGAUUGCUGAAAUGAAAGUUGAAGGUCUCCUUCUGAAUUUUGGUUUGAAGUCAAAAGACAGAAAGACAAUAACAUGCAUAUUUUUUCUUCUUUCAAUUGAUCAUACUGUAUUUACUCAUUUGAUAUAUAAAACGGAAAUAAAAUUAUAGACAAAA